AUGUCAAGGAUUCCAUCUGAUAACUAUGGUCAGGAGAGCAAUGUGACUGAGGUCACAGAGUUUAUACUAACAGGCUUCACAAAUAAUGAGAACCUGCAAGUCUUCCUAUUUCUGGCAAUUUAUGUUUUUACUCUGAUAGGUAAUUUGGGAUUAGUUUUGCUGGUAAGGGAUUUCAUGCUCCACAAUCCCAUGUACUAUUUUCCAAGUGCUUUAUCAAUAUUAGAUGGCUGUUAUUCAACAGUUGUCACACCAAAGAUGUUGGUCAAUUUCCUUUCAAAUGAUAAAUCCAUCUCAUAUCCUGGAUAUGUAACACAGAUGCUCCUUUUUGUUGCUUUGGGGAACACAGAAUGCUUUGUCUUGGCAGCAAUGGCUUACGACCAUUAUGUAGCCAUCUACAACCCACUUCUAUAUGCAGUGAGCAUGUCGCCCAGAGUUUACCUACCACUCAUCAUUGUUUCUUAUGUUGGAGGUAUUAUAAAUGGUUCUGUCCACACAAAAGCCACUUUCAGUCUGUCCUUUGGUGGAUCCAAUGAAAUUAAGCAUGUCUUCUGUGAUGUUCCUCCUCUCCUGGCUAUUUCUUGUUCUGACACCCACAUCAAUCAGCUUCUUCUCCUCUACUAUGUGGGCAUUGUUGAAAUCAUCACUAUCCUGAUCGUCCUUGUUUCCUAUGGUUUCAUUCUCUUUGUCAUUCUCAAGAUACAGUCUAGUAAAGGGAGAAGGAAAAUGUUCUCUACAUGUGGAGCUCACCUCACUGAUGUGUCCAUCUAUCAUGGAACCAUCAUAUUCAUGUAUGUAAGACCUAGUUCCAACUAUGUCUUAGAGUAUGACAUGAUUGUGUCCACAUUUUAUACCAUUGUUAUUCCCAUGCUUAAUCUCAUCAUCUAUAGUCUGAGGAACAAAGAUGUGAAAGGAGCAAUGAAAAAGUUCUUUGAGAGAAAUCGGUUUAUGAAAAAAUGUCAUUUUUAA